AUGAUCGAAUUCCGCACUCCAAAGUACAUUUGUUUAAAAAAAAUUGAACCUCCAGUCAUCAGAUACUAGCCUCGCACAAUGUUUGUUAAAGUUUAGCAUUUAUUACAGACAAGGGGGAGUGUUGACACAUCCUUGACUUUGAGUUAAACAGAUGCGAAGAUGCAGUCUCAGCAAUCAGAAAUCAGCAAUCUCAGCACAUUUUAUUAAAGUUGUGAUCAAGCCAAAGAGAACAUACAAUAACCAAUUAUUGAUGUAGUGCUCAAAAAAACUAAUUCAUUUCAUCUUAAUUCCAAAAUGAGAAGCAACAACAAAAUCUCAAGAAUCUCCAAGAAUCAAUUGAUGGAUGUGCUUCAAGAAAUAACAUCUCCCACUUAAACCAAGCGUAAAUAGGUUGUGAACAGAGAAUGGGAGUAUUCAUAUCGAAAACAGUAAGGGAACAGUACGUUUUUCUAAUCAAUGGACUCUUCUAAUGAGCAGGCCACAGCUUUGCCGAAAUGCAGGAGUUUCAGUAUGAAACAACAAUCUACACAACAAAAGUCAUAGCAAUUGAAGGAUAUGAUUGACAAAGCAAUAAAUAAUACAAAAACAUUUGAUGAGUAUCUAUUAAGUCUUGUGAGUGGGUGA